AUGGCAGAGCAGCCUCAGAAUUUACGAGCUCUGUUCUCGAGUGCAGAGCGUGCGCGACAAGAAUUAGCGUCUGCCUACGAUUCGAACAGUCCCGCCUUCCAGGAAAACCUCCGCAAGACCAUCGCCACAUACGAAGAAUGUCUGAAACUCUCGGAACAGAUAUCACUGUUCAGUCCAAACGAGUCCCUUGAGGAUAUAUCGUCUGGUGAUCUGCAGUACCUUGAUGCCUACGACAUCCUCAGCGCAUCCGACAGCAAGCUCCUCGACGCCUACUCCGAAAACAAAGCCAACUUCUCCACGGCUAGUGCGCGGGAUGCCGCUGCACGCCGUGACGCAAAGAUAGCGCGCUUCCGCGAGGAAAAAGAGAUCAAGCGCAAACUCGAGUAUCUCCAACAAAACCCCAAACUCGCCGAGAACGACGAGCAUGUGGUGAGGGAUCUGCACUUGACUAGUUUGUCUUUCAUGGUGUUCCAGACGUUCCAGGCGCUCGAGAGUAUGGCGUUGGAAUUGCAGAUUAUCUCCAUGGCGCCGGCGGCUCCUCCGCCGGGUGUGUCGGGCUCUGCGCCGGAUGAGAGACAGGAUGGCAGGGAUAAGGAUAAGUACUCUGAGCGCUUGGAUGGGCAGUUGCCUGGCCUGCGAAACACUGGCCCGCUGCUGAGUAGUGAUGGCAAGCCGAUGAGGCCGUUUACGCUGCUGGACAGUCGGCAGAGUCUGAAAAAGGAUGUCUUCAGGGAAAGGAACUUGCCUACUAUGACGAUCGAUGAGUAUCUCGAGGAGGAGAAGAGGAGAGGUGGAAUGAUUGAGGGCGGUGGACCCCAAUCCGAGGUCAGGCCUGAGCCGAACGAGGAUGAUUUCGACGCCGCAGACGAGGAAACGAUGAAGCAGCGUGCGUGGGACGAGCCACAUGCCCUUCUCCUCAAACUCCUCCCACGUGCCCAACCCACUCGCCUCCACCAUCGCCCUCCAAUAAUCAACCCCAAUGACACGCCCCGUCUCGUCAUAUUCGAGCUGCAAUCUCCAUCAAUCCUUUCCGCGUACCGCUUCUUACUCAUGUACGUCUUAUACCGCGGUCCUUCUUUCUUCCACCCAUUACUCUCCGCGAUUUCUUCCACCGACUCGUCCCCGCGUGCCUUUGCUUCUGCGCCAUUGAUCGGCGGUGGGGAAAAUAACAGCGAUUUUCGUCUCGGCGAGUCCGCCGUCCUGCGUGAGAAUGGUCUCAAUGAAGGCGCUCCCGAUCAUGCAGGCGUCGUUUGCGCCGAGGAAGAUUGUGAAGAGCAGCGUGCGGGGGGUGGUGGGGGAUGUGGCGCGCUGGAUUAUGCGGUCGAAGUCGGAGGAGAGGCGGGUUGA